UUUGUAAUAAAUAUGUAGUAAUUUGUCCUAGCAAACCGCUGUCUGACUCUGAGAACAUUACACCUCGACGUGUGUUUUCUAGCAGAGCCGUGGAACGGUUCACCUAGAGAGAAUGACCGAGGCUGAGAGCCAAGGACAGGGGGAAAACAGGAUCCGUGUGGAGAGAAGGGUUGAAGAAAAAAACCCUGCCUGCUAGGUUCAUUUGCACCACAAGAGGUGCAAAUGACAAGUCUUAUGUUAGCUCUGGAACAUGUGUGACACGUCUAAGUGUAAAUGAGCAGAUUUUAUUGCAUGAUUUUAAAAAUGUCACUUGCUUUUAGGUGCCAGUUCUGUACUGCAAGUGCUGCGUCUGAAAUUCAUUUCACUCCAGUCAUCAUCACCCUCAUGCAGAGUAUGCAGGGUCUCACAGUCUGAGCUCUGAGGCCUUCUUUUUUUUUUUUUUUUCAGUGAGACGACUGAGUCUCUGAUUCUCCUCCAAAAGUUUAGUCCAGUUACACUACCUGUCUGACCUACAUUUACUACUAACUAGUCUCAAUGCAAGAGAUUUAGGCCUAGGACAUCUGAAUGAUCUUCUGCAGAGUACAGAUAUAAUAUACCUACUGUAUAUGCCUGCUUUUUGUUAUAACAAAAAGUAAUGUUGGUUUAAUAUUCAUCCAAUACUGGCAUACAUACUCCCACAAGUUAAACCAAAGAUGGCUAUCAACCUGUUAUCAGUAAUUUGGAUACAAUCCAGCAGCUUUGCCGUCUUCCACCAGAACGUGGGUGUAGAAACCAGCUGGUCAGUGCGUGGGAUGCCUUGUUUACUGUUUCAGUAUGCUGGCACAAAAAGACAUUGGGAGUUUUCUUCAGUAUCUCCACUGAGUUGCCUUGUGUAUGCACUCACAGCUAACAGCCAUCCCUUGCCGUCUCUUGCUUGGCCUUUGCAAGUAUCUAAAAUCACAGUAAAUCAAAUACAGUUAUCCAUAUGCUGUAAAGUAAUGAGGCAGAGUCAUUCACAAGUGCUCUAAAUGCAGCAGUAUUGUGCUGUAGCAUUGUCUGAUGACCAUGAUUUUGAAGGAAGCAUGGCCUGAUACUGGACGACACAACAUGUCAAAAAUGCAGCAUUAAUUAGAGCACAUUGAGACACUCUAUCAGGUUCACAUGCCAUAGUCGCUUAGUUAAUCCCAGUGUAAUUAAUUAUGCAAAGAAAUAUUCAAGCAAAGCAAUUUCAUUAACACCAAAAAAGAAAAAGGUGCUUGUAUGGCAACACAUUUUAAUAUAGUAACUCCCUUCAUCCUCCACCAGGAGGAUCUGGUAUUUCCUUGUGAAAUUGGUAAACCAUUGGAUAUUAUUUAUUUUGCUCUGUCUUGCAACGGGAAGAUCUGACUCAUUUUAAUGGAAGUGGGUGGGAUGUGUAAUGCUGUCCGACAGCAAGAUAUUGUGGUCCUAGGUUUUGAAAUAAGUAAUGCAUGGUUGAUUAGAAAUCAUUGAAGACUAUGACAAAUUCAGAUUAUGCUGUUAUUGGAAUGUUCCUGUCGCAACCAUUGGACAUAUUGCCUCUCUCUGGGAACGUUAGCAGCAUCAUCAUUUUUACUUGCUGCAUGCUGAUAUAUUUUUGUACAGAAAUAUUACAUAAACCAUUCUAAUUUCAAAGUAUUCAGCAGCCAGGGGAAAGUGAAAGCUGAAUGCUAUGACACAUACAGUGAUUAUGUAACACAUGAAACAUAAAUAUCCAUAUUUGGUUAGCCAAGGGUCAGAGGCUUAUCUGUGUCUCAAAGUUGAAUUAUAUGCACUAUUCUAUAUAAUGAGAUGUUUGUGUUUACAGAUCUUUAUGUUGAGAAGACAGAAGAAUCAGUGUGUGGCAGCAGGACUGGCUGAGUGCUUCAUGAUGGGAUAUUUUAGGGCAGCAUGGCAGAGGACUUCCUCCACAGCACACGACAUAUCACAGCUGCAUUCUUUGAUGCCACUGUUUUACAUUUGAUGGCAUCAUUCUGCUGUCAAGCAAUAGAGUUUAAGCAAAACAAGUGAACAAUAUGAAGUGUGACAGUCUACUAAAGUGGAUAUAAUUUGAUAAAAUUCACUCACAUUACACCCAUUAUCCAGUUAAUGAUUUGGCUUGAACUCUGUAGCCUGGCACAGGCAGACACAUCCCACUUGUCUACCUGAGGCUGUCUUUCCAUUUUAUGGAGGCCUUGCAUAGUUCCCUGACGACUGGGGAGCAGUCCGGAGGUCAAGAGCAUUGUCAAUCAGAGUCUCAUCAUCGAGACCCGCAGCCUAAGUCUCCCUCCCAGCCCUGUGAGCAACCGGAAACUGGCUCCCCGAAGCCCCAUGGCACACUACAGCAACCCAAACAGUCCAGACGACAGCCUCCUGAACGUAAACGUCUCAGGCACCAGCGGCAGAGCAUCGACUCGGAUACUGCGCUGGAACAGAAACAUGAGGCAACAAAAGCUAGUUUGUCACCAGGAGUCUCAACUUCCUCAGCAGGUGGCCCCACCCAGUCUAAACCAGAAACCCAGGAGGGGACCCCAAAACAGAAACGUGAGCGUAAGCCUCAAAGACCAGGCAAAUAUGUCUGCACUUACUGUGGCCGUGCAUGUGCAAAGCCUAGUGUCCUACAGAAACAUAUUCGCUCGCACACAGGUGAAAGACCCUAUCCCUGUGCCCCAUGUGGCUUCUCUUUUAAGACCAAGAGUAACCUGUACAAACACCGCAAAUCGCAUACACACAGGGUGAAGGCAGGUCUAGCACUUGGAGAGCCGAGAUCUUUAGAGGAACAAGUCACUGAGUCAGAGGAUGAAACCAGACAGUUAUCAUCAGCAUCUUCCCAUACAGAAAGACAAAGCAGUGUGGCCUCAAUCAAGAGUCAUGAAACAGAUAGGGCCAAAGAUUGCACUGGAGGAAAGGAUGACUCUUACGCAGUGAAAAAAAGACUGGCCCUGCGUCUAAGUAGAGGAAAACAUGGUCCCCGAGACUCAUCUGAUGAAAAGGCCUCAUCUCUAAUUUUAGGGAGUAAAGGCAGCACAGAAUCUGGUUAUUUCUCUCGCUCUGAAAGUACUGAGCAGCCACAGGACAGCCCCCCAAACACAAGUGCCAAAAGCUAUGCAGAGAUCAUCCUCGGCAAGUAUGGACGCCUCGGACACCUGCAGAGGAUGCCUCGGCACCAUAACCAGCAGCCCUCUGGUCAGGAGGACAAAACCAUCCCAUUCACAGUCCCCAAGAAGCAAGUCAUUGACCAUAUCACCAAACUUAUCACUAUCAACGAGGCAGUGGUGGACACCAGUAAAAUUGACAGUGUAAAACCAAGGAGAUUUUCGCUCUCCAGAAAGAAUAGUUCAGAGUCUCAAAAGAGUUCAUCUAUGAAAGAACCGCUUAUUCAUAGCCCUAAAGCUGGAGAUCUCUGCUAUAAAAACAGUGGCUCCAUCACCAUGGGAGUCCCAUGUGAAAAGUUUCAUCAUCCACCCCUAAAUGUGGAGAAGCCAGCUGGCCAAACAUCAGCCCCUCUGGUGAGAAGUCACUCUAUGCCAUCUGCAUCUGACGCCUCCAGUGGUGGCCCCAGUAAGUUCCGCUUAAGUCAGUCCUUUGAUGAACGACCGCCUUCUGAAAGGCAGGCAUCCCGUCGCUAUGGGAUGCUAAGACGGCAGCCAGCUAUUGAAAUCCCACCUGGUGCUGAACUUACAAAAGAGGAAGAGGGUUCUCAUUCAUUUUACCCUGACAGCGUAACCACUGUGCCUGACCACAAGCAAAGUCAACCGCAGCCAUAUGAGUGUGAGGCCUGUGGCACUGGAUGCAAAGAUUGGGAAGGUUAUAAGAAACACAAGCAAAGCCUGUGCUUAGCACAUCAUCCCAGAAAUGAGGUGGUAAUUAGUCAAAUGGAGUGCCCACAGUUAAUUAACCAUGCAGUCAGAGCAGGAGCAUCAGCAAUGCGCAAGAGAAGAAAAGAAGACAGUUUUGAAUUUGAUGACCCCUCUUCUCCUUCAUUACCCUCUCCUGACCUCUUUUCAGGACAGUGUAAAGAUGAAAGCAAUGUAGUCUAUGACAGCCCCAGAAGACCUACACUGCAAACCUGUUCAGUAAUUCAGCAUACUAGUUCAUUUGAAAAACAAGAAUCUUUGUGCAAUGAGAAUCAAGGCACUGAGGCGACAAAAAAUUCUCCACCUCAUGAAGAAUAUCAGCUGGUGCCUCAGAAACAGCCCCAACAACAGUCGGCAAAACUAACGAACCGGAAGCUGGUCCGCCAACACAAUGUGCUGGUUCCAGAAAUACUGGUCACAGAGGAUUCCAACAUGAGCACAGGGACCGGAGUAGAGCCAACCUCCACAGCAAAACAUUCAGAGAAACCUGAUGAAUUUCAGUGGCCACAGAGAAGCCCCUCUCUGGCCCAGCUUCCUAUUGAAAAGCUUCCUCCAAAGAAGAAGCGCUUACGUCUAGCCGAGGUUGCCCAGUCGUCCGGUGAAUCCAGUUUUGACUCUAUAUCCCUCCCCCGCAGCCCUAGUCAGGACAGUAGUGCAUCUUAUGCAUCCAGUCGUUCCACAUCAUUUGAAGAGGCAAAUAGACCAGACAUGGAGAUAGCAACACCACUGCGGAGAUCAAGAGCUCCUAACAUGUUGACAGUGCCUGGUGUGCAUCAGCAUAGGGAGAUGAGGCGCUCAGCAUCAGAGCAGGCACCUCAUGACCCACAACCAAGUGUCCUAAUGGCUGAGACCCGCAGUAAGUCUUUUGACUAUAGUUGCCUGUCCCCUGAGCGCUCUGCAGUUGGCUGGAGGGAAAGAAGAAAAUGUCUCCUCAUGAGACACACUGCUAUCAGAGAUCCAGAUGAGGAGGAAGAGGAGCAGUGUACCAUACCGAGCCGUAGUCCUCAACAUGUCAGCCCUAGCACAUCUUCUCAAGCAAGCCCGACUUCUGUGUACUGCAGUCGGUCCCCUACUUCUCCUUUAUCAGGUGACACAGUCUUGCAUAAUCCAGCCAAAUUACAAUGCAAAAAGAUCUUCUCUCAGUGGAAACUCAGUCAAAAUAUUCAGUUGAAAGGCAGCACAGAACUCUCCCUUACUCACUGCCCAUCUGUUGAUCCUGUAAAAGAAGAGUCCUCACACAUCCAUACAGGGCAGCCACCUCCUCAAGCACCACAACCCUAUCCUACACAUGGACCAUCUGGGGCAGCCAGAGCUCACUAUCUCCCUAUGUCUACAGGGCUGAAGCUAGAGAUUCCUUUACUACAUGAUGAUCAUUCAGAGGUUCGAGUAAGUCACUCCCACAUCCAGCACUCUGUCCCUCACAUCACCUCCAGUCUGGAAUUACUGAGACCAGUCACAUCUCCAGCAGUAGCAGUGCGUCUCCAAACAGACACCCUCACCCUUGCAUGUGCCAUAUACACCACAUUGUCUCAGUCCACCUCCCCCCAGCCCCAGGAGAAGGUUGAUACUUUUUCACACAACAUAGGUAACCCAGCAGCUGGUUACAGAGACCAUAGGAACACGAGUCCAGACCUUGACUUGUGGUCUGACGAUGGCCUGAGGAUAUCAGCCUCAGGGGGCAACAAGCGCAUGCUUUCCCCAUCAAACAGUAUAGAGAUCCUCCCUGAGUCUCAGCAGCAGCAGAAACGAGUAAAAGAAGAAGAGGAGAGGGAGAGGGGAUGUGUUGACAAGGCAGCAGUAGACACGUGCAAUCAGGUGGACACGUGCAAUCAGGAACUCAAAGGGGAGAGUCAGUCAUGUCUACCCAGUGUUUGUACUCCCAUCACACAUGUUGGGCCAUCAUUUCCCAGUUUGCUGUCCAGCACCUGUAACAGCUGGUGCUAUUUGAACUACAUUAAACCAAACCCUUCUACUCUGGAUGAACAGAAGCCCUCUGUGUAUUCAUCGUGGUCCACUAGCGGCUAUGACCCCAACCCACCCGGCCUCUCCAGCAAGACUGCUCUGUCUCUGCUGCACUGUAAGCAGAGGCUCAGUCCCUCCAUCUACACCACAUCCCAAAUGUCAGUCAGGACAGCUGAGUCAAUGGAACAAGAGGAAAACAAAAGACCAUGCUCCACUGAGGUCUACAUCAGCCAGUUAUACUGCAGAGACCAUGAGGAAACAAGGAAGGGACAGCAGUCAGCAGAUGACAACAGGUCAAACCGAAGAGAGGAGAAGGAGGAAGAGGAGAAGAAGGAGGAGGAAGUACAGUCAUGCUCCAUAAAUAAACAACAUUCCGAAGUUUGGAUCUCUGAGAGUGGAUCAAAUGAGAAGUAUGCAAUCACGUAUGGUGGAAGUGGAGGGAAGUGCCAAUGUGAGGAUUGUGGAUUCCACCUUAAGAAUACCAGUAUCCUGUACAACUGCACCCAUUGCGUCACAGAAUCGCCACCAUAUACCUGCAAACAUUGUAACGUUUCCGUCAAAGCCAAGGGUAUACUCGCUGGGCAUCUGAGAUCUAAGGCACAUAGAAAAGAAAUCUGUUGUUACCCAGAUGGCACAAAUGAAGGAGUCUGUGAAGAACCUUCAUUUCAUAAACGAAAAGAUCAUCGGUACUCUGAUCUGGGGAAGGGUGGACAUGAUGAGGAUGACAAUGCGAAGGACAAGGAUGGCAGAUGUGAUGAAGACCGAUCCAAGGCGGCUGAAAGCUCUCACACUACCUCCUCUGACAGCGAGACAUCUCAUCCAGGAGGGCAGCCGAUGGAGCCUGAACCCAGUCAGUCCUCCCCGCUUCCCUCCAAGGAUUCUACCCAGAAGAGCUUGGCCAGCACCAGGAGGGCCCUGUUUGCCCGCCGACGCCUUGACACUUCAGCAUCGGCGUCCUCUGGAGGCUCCCAUUCUCCAAGUGCCCCAUCCCUGAUUCCACAGAGGGAGCAGUCUCCACCUCGCAGCCCAUCGCCUAGGCCUCACCAGUCCCCUGCUCCCCCUUCCCCUCUCUCCCCAUCCAGUUGCCAUGUCUCAACCUCCGCCCUGAGACCAGUCUCCCCUGUUAGAGGUCUUUCUCCUAGAGUAGUCCAGUCCCAUGGAUCUGAGUCCUCUGGGCCUCCAGGCUCCCUGGCGGACACUUCUUCUCGGUGUCACCCAAGAGACCGACCUUCUACAGCAAGACUGUUCAUGGAUGACGUUGGUCUGACCCCACAUCCCACGCGGCCUCGGGGAGCCCACAACCUCCUGAGUCACCUCCCUCUGCACUCCCAGCACUCAGGCAGGGCCCCGAGCCUCCUGAUUCCCAUCGGGGGGAUUCACAUGAUUCAGCCCAGGUCCCUGCUCCCUCUGUACAGCCUGGUGAGCAGCCCCGCGCCAGCCACGACUAACCCCGCAGGGACAUCCUGGAGACUGAGUGACACUCCAAAGGGGAGGCUUUCUCUGCUGCAGCGCCAGGAUACUCUCAAAGAGACGUCGCCCAGCAGCCCAGCCAGCCCAACGGACCCCGAGGCAUUAGGGGGAGCGUCCGGGAGCAGCCGAUCGGACGCCCUGUUGCGCAGGAAGAGUCGAGGGUGUUUCGGCAUACAGCAACCGCCGAGUCCCGGGACGGAGACUUGGCGUCCGGAGGUAAACACAGAUGCACAGAGAGUCACAGAGAGGUGUGUUUACCCCGAGACCACCCAAGGCCAAAAAAAGGCUCCUUCCUCCCAGACACAACUCUGAUAGGAGGGAGAGUCUGAAGGGACAGUGCAAAAGUCUAAAAAGCAGUCUGUUGUAAAAACACAGCACUGGUUUGGAGACCGGGGACAAAAGGCAAGAGCACUUCAGCACCGCUUCUGAAUGACGCUAUUAUGUAAUUAUAUGAAUAAUAUAUAUAGACACUAUGUUAGAUAUGCAGUAUGUUUUGUAAAUCUUUUUUUACCCUCUUGUUUGAUGUCAUCGGUGUUAAUUUAUUUAUGUGCUAUUAUGCAAAUUCUGUACAAUAUGCAAAAGCAGCUGGAAUGAAAAUAGACAAAGUUUUAAUCAGUUUCCCUAUUAACCCCUUUGACAGCUCUAAUAUACUAUUGCUGUGUUAAUGUACUGUAUUACCAAAAUGGAUAUAGAAAGGUACUACAAAUAUUUAUUCACCCCGACCAGUAUUUUGAAGUGCAAUUUUAUGUCGAGAUUGUGGUUUGAAAUGUCAUUCUUAAAAGGCUGUGAUUAUUAUUAUUUGUCAGUUUUUUUGUUGUUCUUCUUGUCGUCUUUGUUUGUGUUCAAAGAAGCAGGGUUACGAUCACCUCCUUUUCUAAUGUCUUUAGGAAAAGAAGUUUCAGAUCAAGACAUUUGGAGUGCACUGACAAAUAAUUUGAUAUCCAGAGGAAACCUGUUUCACGUAUAUGGUAGCUACGGUGCAGUUUUUUUCAUAAACAGAUACAUGUAUUUUUGUGUUGUUGCUUUUAUAAAUGAUACAAUCACUUUGUCAUUUUCAUGUUUACCAUUAAACUUCU